AUGAAAUUUUGUGAUGUAGGUAUUGAUGAUAUUAUUUCUGGUGGCAGGUAUCAAUUGAUUCAUGAAGCAUCGAACAAGGCUCUGGAUAUCCAUGGUGAAGGUACACAUGAUGGCACCAAUGUUGAGAUCUUUACCAAUCACGGAGGCAAGAAUCAACUCUGGGUUAUCCAUGAAAAUCAAGAUGGAACUGUUAAAUUGAUUAAUCCACACAGUGGAAAGGCAUUGGACGUGUUCGGAGGACAGACUUCAGAUGGAACUAAUGUCCAAAUUUGGACAGACAAUGAAUCAAAUGCACAAAGGUGGCGUCUGAAAUCAGUCGGAGAUGGAAUAUAUAAGCUGAUUCAUGCGUUCUCUGGCAAGGCUCUAGAUGUCACAGGUGGUGAAACAUCCGAUGGAACGAAUGUUCAAAUUUGGACAGAAAAUUAUUCGUGGGCUCAAAAAUGGCGACUAAUUCAGUUUCAUGGAAGUGAAAAACCAUUAUUUCAUGGCAUGGAUACAGUAGAAAAGAAAAUAUUUAUGCUUAUUAAUAGUCAUCGUCAAGAACAUGGCUUACCAUUACUUGAACCAUCUGUUAAUCUUGCUAAUGUUGCUCAUACACAUGCUGUUGACGUUGUUGAAAAUAGCCCGGAUGUUAACGGUGGUAAUCUGCAUAGUUGGAGCAAUAAAGGAAAAUGGAGACCAGUUACAUACACACCUGAUCAUAAAUAUGCUCAUUUAAUGUGGAGUAAACCAUCUGAAAUAAGUAAUUAUAAGGGUGCGGGUUAUGAAAUAUCAAUGGGGUAUGGGCAUAAUGUAAGAAAAAUAAUGACAAUGGAUCCAAAUGCAACUGUCGAUGGUUGGAAAAGAAGUUCAGGACAUAAUGCUGUGAUGAUCCAACAAGGUGCGUUUAGCACUAUGCAAAUAAAAGUAAUGGGUGCCGGUGUUUAUAAAGGAUAUGCAUGUGUUUUACAUGAAAAAUAUGUCUAUGUAAUUCUUCAUCAAGCACGUACUACACUUACAACAUUACCAAAUAUUAAUCGUAUUGACUUAUCUAAUUUACAUCAUAUAUUUAUUAUUGUUGACCUUCAUGGACAAUUAGCUGGUUUAUUACAUAUAUUAAGUGCGUUAGCUUAA